UACCACUAGUACACUUCGAUCAUUUAAUUAAAAACAUUUCAGUCAGCUUCAUCCUCUUGCUUUUUCUUUCACAAAGCAGUCUUUUGUCAUAGUUGUCUUUCAGACUCGGUGCCCUUUCUACUUUUUAUUCCAAACAAAGUCUUCCCACACAAUUGAGAAAUUAUUGGAAAUUCCUUCUCAAUCGAUCUUUUGUUCUCUUGAUAGAAAUUAAGAAGAUCAGAGAGAAUGGCUGAGAGUGCAGUAGAAUUUCUACUCAAUCACUUGACCAACUUCAUUCAACAAGAGUCAAGCCUGUUGGGAGGAAUAAGGGAAGAAGCUGAGUCCAUCAGAUAUGAAUUGGAGCACAUGAGGGCUUUCCUCAAAGAAGCUGAUGCAAAUGAAUUCAAUAACUCAGAGCUCCAAGUAUGGGUUAAACAAGUGAGUGAUGUUGCCCAUGACAUGGAAGAUGUUCUUGAUGAAUUCAUGCUCCACAUCGCACACUAUCAUGGGGAUGGAUUCUAUGGUUUUCUUUGUAAUAUUUGCUCUUUGAUUAAGAACUUGAUAGCUCGCCAUCGGAUUGCAUCUGAGAUAGGCAAAAUAAAAUCCAGAGUCAACAAUAUACGUCAAGGCUACCAACAAAGAUUCAGUAUCUCAGAGCAUGGAUCAAGCUCCACCACUGUCAACAACAACGCAUGGUAUGAUCGUCGAGGUGAUGCACUUCUACUGGAAGAGGCUGAUCUUGUUGGCAUGGAUGGGCCCAAGAAACACCUGAUUGGGUGGCUUCUGGAUGACAGUCCAAGACUCAAAGUCGUUUCGGUGGUGGGGAUGGGGGGUAUGGGAAAAACCACCCUAGUAAAGAAAGCCUAUGAUGAUAUGGGGGUGAAGAAUCGUUUCAAAUGUCAUGCUUGGAUCACUGUUUCUCAAUCAUUUCAUCUCAGAGAGCUUCUCAAAGACGUAGUUCGAAGACUCUUCGAUCAAGCCAAGGAACAGGCCCCUCAAAGUUUGGAAACCAUGGACAUCAAUGACUUGAAAGCAAAAAUCAAGGAUUUCCUCCAACAGAGAACGUACGCGCUUGUUUUAGAUGAUGUCUGGAGUAUAAAUGCAUGGGAUGCUUUGAAAUAUGCAUUCCCUGACAACAAUAGUGGCAGCCGAAUACUGCUCACGACCCGUAUUGUUGAUGUAGCUUCUACAUCUUGUGUAGAAUCUCCGGAUCAUAUCUAUACUAUGGAACCAUUGUCCCAAGAAGAGUCUUGGACUCUUUUCUGUAGGAAGACAUUCCAAGACAACUGCUGCCCUCCAGAUUUAGAGAAAGUCUCACGAAGUAUCUUAGAAAAGUGUAAGGGCUUGCCACUUGCAGUUGUGGUAGUUAGUGGUGUUUUAGCUAGGAAAGAUAGAAGUACAUCCCAUGAUUGGGAAUUGUUUCAUCGUAGCCUUGGCGCUCAGUCAGAAGGCGACGACCAACUUGAGAGUAUGAAAAGGAUACUUUCUCUCAGUUACUAUAAUUUGCCUUACUAUCUAAAAAUAUGUUUCUUGUACUUGGGUUUAUUCCCCGAAGAUUACAAGAUUGAGCGCAUGAGAGUGAUUCGACUGUGGAUCGCAGAAGGAUUUGUGGAAGUGAGAGUGGGAAGGACAAUGGAAGAAGUUGCUGAAGGCUAUCUCAAAGAGCUUAUUAAUAGAAGCUUGGUCCAAGUGACAAGGAUAGAUGGUAUUGGAAGGCUAAGAGAGUGUCGCAUCCAUGACCUUUUCCGUGAAGUAAUUACUUCAAAGUCAAGAGAACAAAACAUUGCUGCCAUGGUAAGCAAAGAAAGCACAACGUGGCCGGAAAAAGUUCGGCGCCUGUCAAUUCAGUACACCUUGGGGAACUUGCAGCAGACAAAUCGUGUUCCUCAACUCCGUUCCUUGCUCAUGUUCUCGGUGGAAGAACCUAUAUCCAAGUCGUUGAAUCCUAUAUUAUUCAAUGGUGGGGUUAGGUUGUUAAAGGUUUUGGAUCUGAGGGGUGCUUCUUUGGAGAUGCUUCCAGAUGAAGUCGGCAAACUAUUUCAUCUCAGGUAUUUAAGCUUGAGGGGAACCAAGGUUAAAACGCUUCCGAAAUCCAUAGGUAAGCUUGAAAAUCUUGAAACUUUGGAUCUCAAAGAGACCAAUGUAACUGAGUUGCCUGUUCAGAUUCUAAAGCUCCAACGUCUUCGUCAUCUCUUGGUGUACAACGACGACUUGGAUACAUAUGGCUUUAAAGCAAUAGUGGGAAUAGAAGGAUUGUCUUCCUUACAAAAACUCUGUUAUAUUGAAGCGAGCCAUGAGAAUGGUAGAAUUGUAAUGGGAGAGCUAGGGAGACUGACCCAGUUGAGGAGAUUGGGGAUUACGGAGUUGAGAAGGGAGGAUGGGAAGGCUUUGUGCUCCUCUCUUGCAAAGCUGAGUAACCUUCAAUCAUUGUUCGUAGGUUCUGUAGAAAGGAAGGAGAUUGUUGAUAUUCAACACUUGUCUUCUCCUCCUGGGUCUCUUCAACGGCUCUAUUUGAGGGGACGUUUAGAAAAUUUUCCGCAUUGGAUAACUUCUCUUCGUAACCUGCUGAAAUUGCGGCUUCGGUAUAGCAAGUUAAGGGAUGAUCCAUUGCAAUCCCUUCAAGAUUUGCCCAAUCUCUUGCAACUUUUACUUGAUCAGGCUUACGAAGGGGAGGAACUGUGUAUCAAAGCGACAGGGUUUCAGAAGCUUAAGACAUUAGAGCUUCAAAGUUUAGAAAGAUUGAGGUGGGUGAGAAUGGAGAAGGGAUCAUUGCCUCAUCUUGAAGAGCUGACUAUUGAAAGCUGUAAGUUGUUGGAAGAGGUACCCACUGGCAUUGAACAUCUAACCAACCUUAAAUCCCUUCAGCUUUGUGUCUCAGAUAAAUUGAAAAUGACACUGGAUCAAGACGAACAGGGCGGGGAUUAUUCGAAAAUAGUACACAUCCCCAUUCUUAAAAUUUCUUUUGGAUAGUUGUUGGGAAGGAGAUUAUGUAGAGAGAGAGAUAGAGAAGAGUCCUUGCACAGUUGAAAUCAUUAGAACUAUCAGGAUAACUGAUUCGGGGUAGAGGGAGAAAUGGAGAAUGAGUCUCUGCAACGUUGUUGUUGAGAUCAUCACUAUCUAAUGUUUUGUUUUUAUUUUAUUUUUCUAGAUAAACUGAUGCUGUUCUUUUUCCCUUUUCAAGUGAUUAAGUUGUUGUAUAUUGUGUUACAUUGUUCACGAGCCCAAACUCACCUAUUGUUAUUCUAAAAUGUCAUGCUUUUUUUUUUUU